GUUUCUGGCUGGCUGAGCGUCCAUUUUAUUUCGAACUGUCGAGCCGUGCGCGUUUAAAUUUGUGACUGGGCUGCUCCUUCCUAGAGAGGGUGACUUGUUGCGUCUGCGGUUUGGGCUCAACUUGAGAAAAGUGCAUUAGAAACGCAGAGGUGCGCUUCCCUAUUUUAGAAGCAGUGGAUUGAUAACAGUGGAUCAUACAAUGUAGACGACGUGCGCGUUAAUAAGUCGUGUAAAUAGCUGAAUUUUAAAAGUGCCAUUUGUGUGAAUAAGAGUACAGCAGCGCCACGGUUGUUCUGUUGGACAACGUGAGUCGUAGGUGUGGAAUUUUGCCUUAUGCGCGGCUUGUUCAACCAGUUUUCCUGCUGCGAGUAUUGGAAAGCUUUGGCAUUCCAGCAACAACGUUGGCCAAACCCUUUAUUUCAGCACGAAUGAGUGUGCGGCGGAGUUCUGUGCAGUGUCGUGAGUGAGUGCGUCUCGUCCCGCAAUAAGUACGUUCGAGCAAUAAUUUAAAAUUCCGUGUUCGAUUUCGCAGAACGUAAAGAAAUUUUAUCGCUCGUUGGCUUUUCGCACAGGUACAGGCAUCCAAGAAGGUCUCAUCAUCUUUGCUUGCGCCUUAGCCAGAGCCUACUUGGUGUAUUUGUGUGAAUGUUUGAUAAUUCGUUGUGCGCCGAAGGAAACGAAAGAAGAGGCGAGAGAUGAAAAUGUUGCGCUGAAGAAUAAAUUACCAAUUCAAGGUUUUGGAAACACUUUUGCUUUGGUCAUCGUUCUGUGAAGGAAAAAAAAAUAUGUUGGAAUUUAAAUCCGUCCCCGCGUAGCAAUAGUGUAUGCUGAGAGUGAGUGAGAGCGUGAGGCGAGUAGGAGCUGGUUUAGCUCGCCACACAAACACACAGUCGAAAUACGACACCCAGCAUAACAUCAGCAGUUUAUCGAGUCCCCUUGCCAUAUCACAUCCUUCAAUCUCGUUUCGAGCCGUGAGUGAAACUAAACCAGUGUGUUAAUCAGGAACGAAGAAGAGCAUGUUUCCAGUGUUUGGAUUGUGAGUCAAGCCAAUCGAAAAUAAAAAUCAAAAUUGCAAACAACGCAUAGCAGUCGGAUGAUGUGCACUCUUCGUCGUUGUUGGUUGGCUUGGUUACUCGUGUGAUUUCAAUGCGCGUAUGGUUGCUGUGAUUGGAACCCCGCCCGCUAGUGCUUAAUUACAUUUGCCAUUGUUGUGCACUAUUGUGUUUGCGCUGCACGCUGGAAUGUUAAUAGGCGAUCAAACCUGAUCGAUGUGCUGUGAUAACCUGUUCCAUUGUUAAAUGGAUUACCGAAAUAUUUGGCGCUGCUUUUGAAUCUUACCACCAUGGAUAUGAUUGGAGCUACCAAUGGAACGCAGCUACCCAACAACCACUUUCACAAUGAUCCUCAGAGCGAACGGACGUCAUGGGACUACAGCACUGUCCAGCUGUCACGGGUAAUGGGCUAUGGAUUCGGAAUAGCGGUGUCCGGUGGGCGAGACAAUCCACACUUUGCCAAUGGCGACCCAUCGAUAGCGGUGAGCGACGUGCUCAAGCAUGGUCCAGCGGAGGGACAACUACAGGUUAACGAUCGGAUUAUUUCGGUCGACGGUAUCUCGCUGGAGAAUGUCGAGUACGCGACGGCCGUGCAAGUGCUGCGAGACAGUGGUUGCACGGUGACGUUGGUGGUGAAGCGACGCGUUCCGAAUCAUAGUCUAAUGCAAUCUACGGGCGGCAACGUCGGUAUGCCCAGCGGUGGCGUCGGCGGCAACACUCAUCAGCAUCAGCAUCAGCACAGCCUCAGCUCCACCGGACUUGGGCUGGGCGCGUUAGGAAAUAAUGGAUCUCAGCAGCAAAUCAAAGUGAUUGUUACGAAAGCGAGCAAGAAAGAUGAUUUCGGCAUCGUUUUAGGAUGUAGAUUAUUUAUUAAGGAAAUUUCGUCCAAGACGAAAGAUCAACUAGCUGCCAACGGUUAUUCGCUGCAAGAAGGUGACCUUGUAACAAGGAUACAUAAUACCAACUGCAACGACUCGAUGAGUUUAAAGGAAGCGAAAAAGAUCAUCGACGGUUGCAAGGAACGAUUAACACUGGCCGUACUGCGGGACUCUACCAGUGCCACGCUGAACGCUGGCCUCGGCGGUGGCACCAGUUCCGGCAUGCAAUCGCCAGUCUAUUCCCACACGGCUCAAGUCUCGAACUGUAGCAAUAUGGACGAGAAUUACCUUAACGGAACGGGCGGAGGCUACUCCGGACAGAACCUGUACGUUCAACCACCGACCCGGCCAUCAGCGAUGAGUACGUUACUAGUAGAUGAUAAAAGCAACCUGACGCCACGCGGGAGAUCACGAGGUCCACUAACAGAUAUUUCUUUACAACAAUUAGACAGACCCAGUACGCCUCCAGGGGCAACGAGUAGCCGAGUGGGCGACGGAACAACCAGUGGUGGUGGACAUAGUCGAUCGCGUAGUACCGUUGAUGAACCACCACGACCUCCUCCGCCACGAGGUGAGGACUUUUACAGUACGAGGCGGCCGUUACACGACGAGAAACCCACCUCGGAGCCUCGAUACAUCACAUUCCAGAAAGAAGGCUCCGUCGGCAUCCGGUUAUCGGGAGGUAAUGAAGUGGGUAUUUUUGUCACCGCUGUGCAGCAAAAUAGUCCAGCAGCUGCACAAGGGCUGGUACCUGGUGAUAAAAUUAUUAAAGUAAACGAUAUGGACAUGAACGGAGUUACCAGAGAAGAGGCAGUUCUCUAUCUGCUUAGUUUACAAGAUCGUAUCGAUCUGAUUGUACAGUACUGUAAGGACGAAUAUGACAAUAUCACCGCCCAACAAAGAGGAGAUUCCUUCCACAUUAAGACUCAUUUCCACUGCGAGAACCCCUCAAAGGGUGAACUCUCGUUCAAGGCAGGUGACGUGUUCCGGGUGAUAGACACCUUGUAUAACGGAGUAGUCGGUGCGUGGCAGGUUCUACGCAUCGGGCAUGGCCAUCAAGAACUACAACGUGGCGUAAUCCCUAACAAAGCACGCGCUGAAGAACUGGCAACAGCGCAGUUCAAUGCUACAAAGAAAGAGAUGAACGCCUCCGAAUCCAGAGUUAGCUUCUUCCGGAGACGGAGAUCCACACAUCGUCGGUCUAAGUCACUGUCCAGGGAAAACUGGGAUGACGUUGUAUUCUCGGAUUCCAUCUCCAAGUUCCCUGCGUAUGAGCGAGUAGUGCUGCGACAUCCGGGCUUCGUGCGACCGGUGGUGCUCUUCGGUCCAGUAUCAGAUAUAGCUCGAGAACGACUUGUUAAGGACUUUUCCGAUAAAUACACAGCACCUUUACAAGACGACGAUAAAGGCUCGUCUAAAUGUGGCGGUAUUGUGCGGCUGUCAAAUAUUCGUGAUAUCAUGGAUCGUGGCAAACAUGCGCUCCUGGACAUCACACCGAACGCCGUAGAUCGUCUGAACUACGCACAAUUCUAUCCGAUAGUAAUAUUCCUGAAAGCGGAUACCAAACACAAUAUCAAACAGCUGCGGCAAGGUUUGCCAAAAUCGCAGCACAAGAGCAGUAAAAAGCUAUUUGAACAGUGCCAAAAAUUGGAGCGCCUGUGGUCGCACGUAUUCAGCACCAUCAUCAAUCUGAACGAUCCGGACACGUGGUACCGGAAGUUGCGGGAUUCUAUUGACCAGCAGCAGAGCGGGGCCGUUUGGAUGUCGGAGACGAAGCCCGUAGAGUCCCUGUCCGAUGAUUUCCUCUUCCCCAUGACCACCUCUCGACUGUCCUACGCCUCGAGUCCGGAAUCGGACCUGGAACUGAGCCCGGGCCCGUCGGCCUCGCUAUCAUUAGGCAACUUACCGCAAUUGGUGAAGUCAAGCUCUGACCCUUCGAUCGCCACUAAUCAGGAUAACUUGGAUAGGGAUAGAGAACUCGGUGACGGAAUGCCACCACCAUACACGAAUCCGUAUGAUCAUUCGGCUCAUCCGCGGCGAAUGACCGUUGAUAACAAAUAUGGAUUCUCUGCAAAGGGUAACAUUGGUGCCCCUCUACCACCAGAAGAUGCCAUAUAUGGUUCCUCAAGGCCACCUCCGCCCAUACAGCACAAUAACAGCUCCGGGACGAAUCACUUCGGACCAGUUCCAGAUCUACCACCUCGGAUAGACCGCGCCUCCAAACCUCCCAACACUACAACAACGAGCACACCGGCUUCGUCGCUUCCGUCCCGGAACUCCAGUACCGGUGGAACCCUUGGUCGAUCGGCCCAGGAACGGCUGUUCGGUAACAAGGCAUCCACCGACAAUCUGGACCAAUCGGCCGAUGAUUACGCCACUAGGAGCCAGAUGCUUGGACCUACCCCCGAAAAACGGGGAACCGUUACCAAUGGUUUAAGCUCUUUAGAACGAGCCCAAAAUUCAUCGCUGGAUCGAAACCGAACCGGUCAACCUCCGCCACCGGGAAAUCCAACGACGCCGAACAAAGCGAACGGAUCGUACGAUAGCGUGUCGAGCUAUGAUUCAUACAACGCUACCCAACUUACGGCGCAGAAUAUGAGGUUAGGACCCAAUGCGCCCGAUGAUCUUAAAUCGGUGCCGAAUGCGCGGAAUGGCAACGGUUUGACACCGAACCAGUCCAACGUAUCGGACUUCAACCGAAGUUCGGGAAGUAACGAUCUUCUGAUGACACCGCCCAGAAGUGGACACAUGCAUCCUGAUAGGAAUAAUUUCAACGGUGCGCAUGAUCCGCUGACACCAAGGAAUUCAGGAGAACGUGGUGGCAUGAACAUUCCCCAGCGGCCAUCUAACUUGGCUCUUGAAAGUCCGAGGAAACAUAUCAUCGAAACCAAAACUGAUUACGGAAAAUACAGCCGCAACAACUCGGCCUCCCAGGCGGACUACUCCAAGCCGAAUAAGGUCCCACCGCCUAUGCUGGGGACACCUCCGGCAAACGGAAACAACGGAAUGCCAUUCAAACCAGUGCCACCACCCAAACCGAAAAACUACCGGCCACCGAUCGGAGGAGGCAGCAACGGAGGACCCGGAAACGGUCCGAUGGGAACCGGUCAAUGGGAAAACGGGGAACCAAUAUCCCCACGAUCACCGAAUGGAUUCUACUAUCCACCGAUGUCGACACACUACCAGCAAGGCGUGGCUCAUAACGUGCCAAGCUCACCCAACAAUAAUCACAUGAUGCCCGGUGGCAAUCACCAUCCGUCGCAAAUGCAUCCCUACAGUGGCCAAUACGGCGGAAAUGCCUACAAUGGAUACAAUGGUACAAAUAGUGGCAGCAACGGUGCAGCGCAGGCACACUACAUGGGUAAUUCUUCCGGCCGCGACAUGGGAAUGGGUCAUAACAAUGGUUAUAACAAUAACGCACAUCAUCCUUACGGGAAUAACUACAUGCAUAGAGGUAGCGGGGGCCCCAAUCACGGCAUAGGAAACAUUCCAUCUAUGCACCCGUCGGAACGACAUCCGCUAGAUUUGGCCGGCAGUCGGGAACAGCGCGGAUCGGCAUUCGAGUUAUACCGAAAACCCCAACUUGGUACCGCUGGGCACCAUCAUAACAUACGCGAAAUGGAGCCAAUGAUGUCGAUACACGAAUUCAAUCAACAUCAGCAGAAUCUAAUGUACCAAGAACGUCUUCGUCAGCAGCAGCAGCAGCCUCUUCCUCCAAUACCCGGAUCAUCUGGUUACGAUCCGUACAAUAACAGAAAUAUGCUUCCACCGGAUCUCCCCGCCAAACCUCCGAAAAAGAACAUCCUGAAAUCGCCGCUGAAAGCGAUCAAAAACGUAUUUAUCAAAUCCACUAGACCUUUGCGCAGGCAAGUCAGUCUCGCAGAAGCUGAUAAAAAGCUACGACCCAUUUUGAAACGCCAACAUUCCAUGAUGGAGCCACGUUCCACGCGUAUGAUGGAUACGCGUUUCCAAGAACCUCCAUACGAUCCCCGUCAAUACUACGCACAACAAUACUAUAACGAUCCGAGGCAACAGAUGUCGCCUCCACCACAUCAUAUGAUAGGAUAUCAAAGGCAUGAACCUUACUAUCCUAAAGACCCUAAUAGCACUUACCAAAACCUCGAAACCGAAUCCAUUUAUGACAGCUAUGGGGCUGGUGGAUACUACGAUCGCGAGCAGGAGAAUCUGUACGCCAAUCGAGCAUUCAUAGAAUUGGAACGUUCGCGGCCAGGUCUAAUGCCAGGCUCUGGGUCUAACACUACAGGUCGAAGAAUAGUUCGGCGUCAUAGUAUGGCCGAUCGAAGUGUUCCUUCACCAAGCUUUAGCAACCUGAACCGAAGAAGGAUGGGAUCUGAUCGAUACCGCGUAGAGAUGAAUACCUCAUUGAACGAUGAGUCCAUCUACCAGAGUAAGAGCGGGUCGUACAUGUAUGAUGAAGCCCGGGAACAUGUCCGCCGUUCCACGGAUGAUCCCGUCUACCAAAGUAGGAAGGAGAUGCAUAGAGAUCAUCUGUAUCAGAGCAAGAAGCAAAUGCAAGAUCGUAUUCAACAAAGUCGCUUAGAAAUGAUACAGAACCAGCACCAUGACCGUAGUAACUCUCCAAGCACAUCAAGUCGCGUAAAAGAAGCUACUGAAUCUAGUUCAAGUUCUCCCAAUUCUCCAGCCAGUUCUACAUAUUCCACACGGAAAGAAAUGAAAGAAAAGGGAAUUAAACCUCGCACUCAACUCCGUGACCAAAUUUACCAGUCUCGAAGAGAGGCCAUGGAGUCUAUGGCAGAACCGGAGUAUGUCUCUAGAAGGGAACUCAAACAUGAGCCUAUCUAUGAAUCAAAGAACGAAGUUGAUGCAGCAUCUUCCCUCGAUUUAAGUAGUUUGCAAAUAAAUGAAAACAAAGAAGAAAACAGCGCUGAAGAUGAGUCGGUCAACAAAACUGUCGUUUAUCAACCAGAACAAGCGGAGAACUUCGAAAAAUCUUCCGAUAACGAUGAAACUACCAAAGCUCCUCUGGCAAUAUCCGAAGACGAUGACGAAGACGAAACACUCACACGAACCAACGAAUCGGACCUUCAGAAAGUGGCAGCCGCCACGAGCCAGAUCCAGGUCACUUCUCCCACCAGCACUCGUUCCUCACAUAUUUCUAACUUUCUUAAGCGAACGGCUCCUCCCCUGGCCCCUCCGGCAUUUCAACCACCUCCACCCCCCACAGCCAAUAUCUCCCCUUCGAAUCCUACUACCAGUCCCACAGCGAAAGACCAGCCCAUUCCGCCAGAAAUGUAUGCCAGUCGCACCUCAAUCGAAACUCAGUACACCUCGCAGAUGAGUCUUCCGAUCGGGCCGCCGAAUGCCCACAGUACACCGUUUGCCAGCGAGAUGUCCCUGGGAUUGCCGCCACCGCGGCAACCAAUUACCCGAAAGGGCAUAUUCGACGCCACCGGUGGCACGCUAGCCGACCCGAUUUGGAACGUAUCGCUGCAGAUUCCGCCUGGGGCGAUUGCGCCCGGCGUCAAGCAGGAGAUCUACUUCACCGUUACCGAUCCACGGCUCAGCGAAAGCGUUGGAGGACCUCCGUUGGACAUGGAAAACGGUGAAACGAUGCUUUCGCCUCUCGUUAUGUGCGGUCCCCAGGGAACGGAAUUCCUGCAGCCGGUGACGCUAAACAUUCCGCACUGCGCCGGCCGGACACCAUCGCUCGGAAUAUCGCUCAAGGCCACCGACAGCGAGAAGAACAUCCAAACCGAUUGGGACAACAUCGAGCUGCCGAGCAAUGCCGCAGCGCACACCGUCUCAGUCAAGGUGGACCAUUUCUGAACAGGUUUGAAAUAGAUUCCACGGCGUGAACACGUUUAGAGUAGGACAAAUUGUACAGCAAAGUUAUCAUUUCCCGAUUGUAUAGCAAGACAAACAUUUUAAGUAUGUGCCUUUAUUAUUUUACUUAAUGUAAACAGAUUUUUAUGCAGCUUAUCAAAAUUUUGGUAUAUCUAGCUAUAAUUAAAAGCUUUGCAUAAACUGUACCAAUUGCCAUCAGACCAGUAUGACGUUAUUUUAGCAAUUAAAAUUUACAAUUUUGUCACAGCAUAAAUCAUGAACAUUGCCAUUGCUUAUCAAGCUUGUAUAUAGAAAAUAAUCCUUACAUCUAUAGCUUAUUCGACACAUGCGUUAGUUUGAAUUCAGGGCUUAAUCGCGGAUACUCGAAUUAUUUGAUACGGCUUGUUUAGGGCUUUAUGCACAUACAUAUAAUAAUUAUGAUUUGUUAUUGUAAAAAAUUAAAGAUAAACCCCUAUAUAUUUUAUACAUAUAUAUAAAGCAUGCCCUAGGGUGUAGGAAAAGUUUCGAAAAUAGUAACGCAAUAUAUAAUUGUAAAUGUCUUCUUCAAAUCGCUGCAAACGUGUUAAAUAAAAUUAUUUUCAAAGAAAA